CCCAUUCUCCCAGCACGAGCAACCCUCUCGCCACCCUCUCCCUCCCCUUUUUCUUCUCGGUUCUGAAAAAAUCCCAGAUGCAUCCAAGCGACAUAGCUACGGCGUACUUACAUUAUUUAAACUAGCUUACCGCUUGGGACCUCGUGUUUUGCUUUGAAAUACUUCGAGCUAGAGAGAGAAAGACACACUCUGAGAGAUUUAGGAGAGAGAAGAAGAAAGAAUCCCAAAGCCGCUGUCCCAAUCUUUACACCGUUAUCUGUUUGGGACAUUGCAAUCCCCCUCCUUCCUCCCAUUGCCAAGAUCCCAUUUUUAUUACCAAUCCAAUCCAUGAAGAAACCUAAACAUCAAACACCUUCUCCUCCCUUUGUCCCAGUACUAUUUAGUCCCGUUAGGUCGUCCUCCAGGAUCUCCAGUAAUCUUCCUAAUGGCUGCUUGUGCUCUCCUCGGUGACAAUGUCGGCGACCACAUCAGCGGCAAUGGCAGCAAUAACAACAACAUCAGUAGCCACGGCGGCGGUGGAGGAAGCCCUUCUUGUCCUAUGAACAACAGCACUACCAAUUCCAACAGCAGCAGCGUCGAGCAGCAGCCAACCAAGAUGGUGAGAAAGCGCAUGGCGUCCGAGAUCGAAGUCCAAACCACCCCGACAAGCAGAACCGCCGGUUCGGACUAUUUCCGGCUCUCCCGCCGCGGGGUUAUUAAUUAUAGUCCGCCAGUCCAGCCGGUAUAUCCAAACCCAAAUCAAAAUCCAAACCCCAGUAAAGUGAAUAGUAGUAUGUUUUAUCCCAACUACUCCACUAUGCUGUUACCCGUACCAUCUUCCACAAAUUUGACCGCUUUGACGUCAGCUGGUGGGGCUUUAUUGUCACCUGCUUCUCCUUCUCCUUCCCCUUCUCCUUCUCCUUCUUCCGCUGCAGCAGCUGGCAGCUGGGGUCCUAUCGAUCCAUUGUCGUUUCAUCGCCCUCUUUCGAUUCAGCCGACAACGACGUCCACCCAGAUCACUACCACUCCGGCCGUUUGUGGGUUUUCUGGUCUGCCCUUGUUCCCACCAGAAAAGACUCCUCCUUCGAAUCCUACUACCGCUGCUACUACUAUUUCCGCCAUGGAAGACGGCUCCUCUGCCGCCACGGCAUGGAUAGACGGGAUCAUAAAGGACCUCAUCCACAGCUCCACCAACGUCUCCAUCCCCCAGCUCAUUCACAAUGUUAGGGAGAUUAUCUUCCCUUGCAACCCCAGCCUCGCGGCGCUCCUCGAGUACAGACUCCGGUCCAUAUCCGAGCCGCCGCCUCCUCUGCCUCUUCCAGUCCCGAGCUUUAAUCCGACCCCAAUCCCGGACAUGAGGAGGAGACAACAAGGUGGUCCGGGCCCUGGGGCUCUUAAGAUCAAUCUGGACUCUGGUGCCCUACAUGACGUCGCAAUCUUCAACACAUCAACGGCGGAUAACAAUGACUUGUACUUGCAGUCGUGGUCUGGAGGUGGCGGAGGUGGCGGAGGGGUUGGGCUGUCCCUACCCCAACCCAACCCUACUCCUGUCCCUAUGACCUGCAACCAAACAAACCCACAUCACCAAAGCCCUUCCUUUAAUCAGACAAUCCAUCAAACACAAGACAAACAAAUAGAAAACUCAUCAUCCUCUUCCCCUGCGGCGGAGUCCACCACCCCAACCGCUGCACCCGCACCCACAACCGCUACCGCCACAGCCCCGCCGCAACCAACAACCUCAGCAGUCUCCCUACUCAGAGAGAAAAAAGAAGAGAUGCGGCAGCAAAAGCGAGACGAGGAAGGCCUACACCUCCUCACCCUCCUCCUCCAAUGCGCGGAGGCGGUCUCCGCAGACAACUACGACGAAGCCACCAAAAUGCUCCUCGAAAUUUCCGAGCUCUCCACCCCAUUCGGCACCUCCGCCCAGCGCGUCGCGGCCUACUUCUCCGAAGCCAUGUCAGCCCGCCUCGUCAGCUCCUGCCUCGGCAUCUACGCCUCCCUCCCUCACUCCUCCGUCCCCAUCACCUACACCCAAAAAAUGGUCUCCGCCUUCCAAGUCUUCAACGGCAUCAGCCCCUUCGUCAAGUUUUCCCACUUCACCGCCAAUCAGGCGAUCCAGGAGGCGUUCGAGGGGGAGGACAGGGUCCACAUCGUCGAUCUCGACAUUAUGCAGGGCCUCCAAUGGCCCGGGCUGUUCCACAUCCUGGCCUCCAGACCCGGUGGUCCUCCAUACGUCAGGCUCACCGGGCUCGGGACCUCAAUGGAGGCCUUGGAGGCCACGGGGAAGCGGUUGUCCGAUUUCGCAGACAAGCUAGGGCUUCCGUUCGAGUUCUUCCCCGUGGCGGAGAAAGUUGGGAACUUGGACCCGGAGAGGCUGAAUAUCAGCAAGAGAGAGGCUGUGGCGGUGCACUGGCUGCAGCAUUCGCUUUACGAUAUCACGGGUUCCGAUUCCAACACGCUCUGGCUUUUGCAGAGAUUGGCGCCAAAAGUGGUAACGGUGGUGGAGCAAGACCUGAGCCACGCGGGCUCGUUCUUGGGCCGGUUUGUGGAGGCCAUACACUACUACUCUGCCCUGUUUGAUUCCUUGGGAGCGAGCUACAGCGAAGAGAGCGAGGAGAGGCACGUGGUGGAGCAGCAGCUGCUCUCUAGAGAGAUUCGUAACGUUUUAGCAGUGGGCGGGCCGUCGAGGAGCGGAGAGGUGAAGUUCCACAAUUGGAGGGAGAAGUUUCAGCAGAGCGGGUUUCGGGGCAUUUCCCUGGCGGGAAAUGCGGCAACUCAGGCCACCUUGCUGCUCGGGAUGUUCCCUUCCGACGGGUACACUCUGGUGGAGGACAAUGGGACUCUCAAGCUUGGGUGGAAGGAUCUCUGCUUGCUCACCGCUUCCGCAUGGCGGCCGCCGUUUCAUGCCGCCGCCAAUCCGAACCUUCACUACUGAGAUGCUUUUGUCCAUGUAUGUAUGCAUAUGAUGUUUGGUGAGGGUGCAGGGUUCUAGGCGGUUGAUGAGUAUGAAUGUAUUAUCUUGUUAUGCUUAAUUACCAUCAUUACCCCACUUUAAUCUUUUUUUAAUUGAAAUCGAUUUUGUGUUUUGGAAGAA